GAACCGCCGUCGGGUUUUGUUGGAGCAGAGUGUGACAGCUCUUCCUGAUAGGAUUUUAUAUAUUGGGAGUUCGGUUUCUUGUUUUUUCCUUGAGAACUUGGGUGUUCUGAAUGCUCUGUGUGAUCGCCUUAAAAUACAUGGUUCGUCUUGGGUUUAAAGCACCGUGUGCUGUUUCAUGUUGGGUGUGUGUUGGGGCUUUUGCUCUUUGUUUAGUUUUCACCAUGUUGAAUCUGAAUUUAAAUGUUGCAAGCUGGCUUCUGUUCCACUGGAAAGGUGAGGGUCUUGAGAGAAGGAGUCCAGAAAUGAGCGUGUGGUUUGGGAAGGCUCAGGAGGAUGAUUGUGCAUCGUUUCUGAACCGCUCCCCAACUGUCCAUAGUCCUGAGUACCAUGUGUCCAUGUGUCUCUGAAGUCACUGCCAAGUAGGUCUUGUUACGUGAGGAUGCCAUGCCCUGCCUAUUUGCCUUCCAGCCAUGCACUUCAGGCUGUGUUUCUGCUUCAGUGGUUGCUGGUCCAGCUCUCUCAUUUUGCUCAGCUUUUCAUAGGAACCAAUUGUCUGCUCUUUGGAGGAGCUGCACCAACUUAAUUCAGCUUAUACCACCUUUUGCUGGAAAAAGAAUCUGAUUUCUGUGGUAUUUAGUAAGUGUAUUUUAAGGCUAUGUGUUGCUCUUUGCUAUGUGAAAUUGCAGUUACUCCCACUUGUUUGGCCCACACCGGUGUCUGCAAGUGCUGAAACAAGGAGUUAAAACGUGUAGGACAUAGGAAGAAAUAAAUGAUCCAUUUGGGAUUUUAAUUUCAGAAAAUUGUUUUAUAAUCACUGAAGCUUGUUCCUUGUAUGUUGUUACUGUUGGGUAAAUAAGUUAAUUAAGAAUUGAAAGAUACCAUGAGGAAAAGCUGCAGCUGUGCCUAUUUAUAUGGUAUACUGGCAGUUUUGUAUAAGGGUCAUGUAAAAAGUGAAGGGUGUUAGAUACAAUUUUCAAGGACAAAAGCAGCAGUAAAAUGCUUCUUACUGGUGCUUUUUAGAUUUGGGCCGUUGAAAAAAAUGCUUCAUUUUCAUAGUUCCAAGUUUCUUUUUGCCGUUGGGAUGGAAGUUGUUUCUUGUUUGUUUCUUUUUCAUUUUGUUUAACAUUUUGGAUCAGGUUCCCUGAUGAAUGAUAUGGCUUUCCCACUCAGCAUCACAACUUUCUUUCCACCUUGUUUCUUAGAUACAGUCUCUAGGUUAAACCCGCAUGUCUUAUCUCUCAAGACGACGACAACAAAUAUGGACAGGUUUUUCAGUAAGGCCUGCAAUUUUCCAUGAGCUUCAUGUCUGAAAGCAAUUGACCUUACAUGAUUACCCAGGCAAGUGAGUUUGAGGUUUCAGAAACACUUCUGUCCCAUACCUCCUGCCCCCACACAGCUGAACUGUGGGAGUCACAGUGCCAUUGAAUGACACGAGGGGAGGUGAGUGUGGCUGUCAUUGAGAUGUUUUGAAAACAUGAGUGACUAACCAGUGUGCAGGUGUCCAAAGGUUGUCAGUUAUGCUGCUGUCAGGACACAGUAAAUUUGUGAGAGUGAUUAUAGAAUUACAUAAAGCUCACCUUAAGGAACUUCUUAAUUUCCUUUUGGUUUAGGCUAGGAAAUUGUUCUUUAAAGAUUACUAGUGGGCCUUACUAGUCCUAUUAUAAUCUUGUUUGUAUUCAGACAUUCUAAAUGAGUCAUACUGUGAAGUCAAGAGUUGCUGUCCAACAUCUGAUCCUGAGUCGCUUAUGGAUCUGUUUUCUGCUUUGAGAGAGUUUCUGACAGUCCAUCCAACUCCUGGGCCUAGCACCAGUGAUAGGCAGUUUAGUUAGUUAUUACAAGAUUAGAUAUGAUGAAGAGGUUGUUGUGUAUUUUUUUUCCAGUUAACAGUGUAACAUGUGGUUGGGUUAUCUGUCAUCUGAACCUAUAUAAAGUCGAAGUUUUACCCCAGAGUGACAAGAAGUGGAGAGAGAGAGAGGUGUUCCUGUCUGUUUUUUGAGAAGGCUCCAGUGAAGGCAAACAUGCUGUCAGAUACUCCAGAGCUACAGCACGUCACUUCAUGAAUUUCCUGAAAAAUUUUUGUCAACAACUUCUAGUUUUUUUUGUAGCCUUACUCUGACUCUGUAGUUUCUUCCCCGUUUUUCAUUGCUGAGGACCAAUACCAUCCACUUUUGGCAGCCUCAGGAACCAGAGACCGGCAAUUGGGAUUUCUCUAUUGCUUGUGCUGAAAGCUCCUGACAAAGUCAGGAGGUGCAUCCCUAGCUCCUAUUUCCAUGUCACCAACAAGGACAGAUGCUGCUUGCACCACAUGCCCGUGCAAAUGGAUAUGAUUCAAGGCGACUUGUGAUGCCCAAAGAUUGCUUUCAGUGAGCAUUUGUCAGGAAGUCAUGAGGUGCAGUCCUGGACAAGAGCUACCAAGCAAUCCUUGUGUCUCGUGUGGCAAAAAGUGAAACUACAGCUAAUGCUAAGCAUGUCUUUCCUCGCUGCUGUCUUUUGGUAUUGCAGAAGGCUGUACAGCUUUUUAGCACAGCUACUGACACGGUGGAGCAGCUACCUUCAAAGAAAGCUCAUAAAGAAUCGCAGUGUGUUGGAAGAAGUUGAUCUUCUUGCUUAUAGUGCAAGAGAAUGGAGAGAAGAAACAAAGCAGGCCAAACACAUGAGGGAGGCAUACAGUGAAUUAUUUCAGAACUAUCAUAUCAAAUAUCUGCGGCAGGUCAGGAAGGACAACUAUUGCGUCCUAAGAGCAGUGCUUUUUCAGAUAUUCAGCCAAGGCAUUCCUUUUCCAUCGUGGAUGAGGGAGAGAGAUAUAUUAAAGCUUCCUGAAAAGCUUCUGUAUUCCCAAGGUUGCAACUGGAUUCAGCAAUACAGUUUUGGGCCAGAAAGUUACACAGGUCCUAAUGCCUUUGGAAAAUUACGCAGAUGUAUGGAAACAUUAAAGACAAAUUGGGCUGAAAUGAGUGGUACUAAAGAUCACGAAGAAAGAAGAAACAUGUGUAAUGCACUCUUUUCUGACGAGAGCAAGGAACACAAGCUAUAUGAGGCUAUAAAAUUUAUCAUGCUCUACGAAGUUGUUGAAGCCUACGAGCAAAUGAAGAACAGGGAUGAACCUGUACCCCACCUUUUUCGCCUCCUCUUUGCUCGGGAUACUUCAUCUGACCCUUUGAGUUUCAUGAUGAAUCAUCUGAAUGCCAUAGGUGACUCCAUUUGCCUAGACCAGGUUGAACUGUUCCUUCUUGGAUACCUGCUUCAAGUAAAGAUCAAAGUUUACAGACUGCAUAGAUUUAAUACUGAAGAAUUUCAAGUAAACUGUCCAGAUGAAUACCGAAGGGAAUGGAAUGAGAUUUCUCUCCUGACUGAAGAUGACCACUACUAUCACAUCCCAGUUAUCAGAACGUGAAGCACAAAGAACUUCUUUUUAACCUUUGUAUAAUGUAGUGAGUAACCAGUUCCAGUGAAUUAGGUUUCUAACUGGCAGCAGAAAUGCAUGUUGAUGAUUACAAAAUGAUUUAUGGGUUUAUUGUGUAAAUGCUUUGCUUUCCCAUUACAGCUCAAUUAGUUCCAGUCAGCCAUAAAUAGCAAAAUAUAUUGCUAUGCUGUUUGGGGGAAAAUGUCAUAUCUAAGGGUUAUUGAAAAUAAAAGAUCAGACAGCAUGACAAAGGGAAAAGUAAUGCUGGUUUUCCACUCCUAGGCUAAUGGCUUUCUCUAACAUAUCUGCGUGGGUUAAACUUAAGUCCUAAAGUAAUUCCUGCCUUUCUCUUCUAUUUCUUGAGUUAGAAUGAAUGAACUAUGCAGGAAACAACUCUUAGGGUCCCACAGUUUUUACUCUGGGACAGUAAAGUUACAAGGAUUUGAGGCAUGCAAGUAUGCUUGCAUGCAAGUAUGUAAACUGAGGCCACUACACAACUCAGUUCAAAUCCCAUCCAGUUUCUCUGGUGUUGCAGUGCCUCCCUCCAGAAAGAAAGCAAGCAGCUGCAGACCACAGCUACUUCAGACUCUUGAAAUCAGGCUGAUCAGUGUUAAAUCUAUAAGUGAGGAAAGUUAAGACGUUGAUGUUUGAAGAAGUCUGUCUGGAACAACUAAAUGAGAUUUGCUUUAUUAUAUGCUAUGCUUUGCCUGGUUCUAGUUUCUAAAAGACUCGAUUGUGUUUAGAUAAUUCCUAAAAUGAGAGCUCCUAAAUUGAACAAAUGCUAAAAUGAUACAGCAGAUCUUGCAAGUGAAAAGCAUACAAUCCCACAGGCAUGGGUUAUAUUUUAAAAGUGGAGUUUUAUCAAGAAACAAAGGCUUUCCUUGUUUUAUCCUAGAAGUACAGAAGGAGGCAGGUUUGGUUUUAACUGCUGCAGGACAAGGAACAAAAGCACGAGCUGGGCCUGCAGGAGCUAAAGCAGUUGUGUGUAGUAACUAAAUGAUAAUGUUGAAGAAUAAAAACUGCUCUCUUCCUCAGUGUAGUGGAAAACAAUUUCAUCCUUUUAGUCUUUCUAUUUUUAUGUAUAUAUAAUUUAUAAACACAAACACCUGCAUGCUGUAUUAUAUAGCAAGUUUGUUUCUUGGCAGUUUCUCUGGGUUCAGUUUUGUUCAAUAAUUUGUAGCUAUUAAUGCAAAAGACUUGAUACAUAUAAUAACUUAAUCUUUUCAAAGCCUAUGUUGAAUAUUUAUUUUAAAAACAAACUCACAAACUUUAUUCACUGGAUGAAGUAAUUUUCCCUCUUUAGUUUUGAUUCUGUUCCACAUAGGGAAAUGCUGUAAUGCCUCAGCGUUGGGUAUUGUCUGUUUUGCAUCAGUGGUAUAUGCAACACUUGCACUUGUCAAUAAAGUUGCCUAUAUUUUAUUCUUGUUUUGGUACAAGCAGGCAUACCAAAAAAUGAUGUAUUUUUAUAGAGAGCUUUUUAAUGGUUUGUGUAUUAUUUAUGAAUAGCAAUGCAAAAGCAUAACAUCUGGAAGUGUUACAUUGAUAAAAUGUAUGUUUUUUGUAAUCUUGAGCAUACUAAUAGAAGGAAAUGAAUAAAGAUAAAUGAAGGAAGAUAUAGCAGUGGUGUUUAUCACUAAAAUAAGAUGAGUACAUGUUUACGACUGGUUUAGGUCUCUUAGGCUCCCUGCCUGGUCAGUGAAGGGCAAUGGUGGAGGAGUUAAUGGCAGUUAAUUAGGGGAGUUUCUACAAGGAUGUGGUUCUUCUCACUGACUGUAAAGAAGGAGAAACUUCAGAAGUUUGAAGUGAAGAUGACAUGAAGACAUGAAUUCUGAGUGCUCCACACAGGAUCUUCAGCAACACUGAGACAGGUUUGGAGCUGCACUGAUUGUAAACAGGUUUUCUGAUAAUGCACUUCAGCUAUGUACAAAACAUAUUUGUGUAAAGGAACACACAUACAUGUAUGUGUAAAAUAUACAUAUCCAUAUAUAGGAGUUAAAAAACAAAACAUCCUGAAGAAGCUGCACUAGAACAAUCUAGUACUGGGGAAAAGACAGGUGCUGCAGCAUCAUUUCAGAACAGUGGUUACAGACAAAGUUUGCAGCAGGAAUCCAGAAACCUGAACAUGUGCUAGAGAGCUCUGCUGGUGUCAUUGCUCUUAUCUUUCUAACCUGUGAAUUUUUGGCUACUGCCUUUCUGCUCUUGAACUGUGGAAGGGCUGACUUUUUAAGCUUACUAUCCUUUCUUUUAAUUUUGUAAUUUAUAGAAAUGAGAUUUUAGUAUGAAAACCCCUCAGUGCAGCAUACUGGUGUUUCAGCUCCUUUUUGUAUAACGUGUUGCAUGUAGCUUUUGUCUUAUCUAGUGAUAAUUGGAAUAAAUGAACAUGUAUUAUAAGUCCAAGCCCUGGAGUUGUGAAAUGUUUAAGAGGUACAUAAAAAUAAGCUCAGGUCAGAGUGAUUCAGAAUCUAUGUGAAGUUUAUGAAACAAC